AUGGCUGGGAAACAUUCCGACGACGAGGACGCAUACCUUUAUGGAUCAGAUGAUGAUAACGAUCAACCAGUUUCCAAGAAACAGAAGAUAACGGAACAGAGCGAUGAAUCUCAAGAAAAACUAUCGAAGACAACUACUGCUAAGAAAAGUGAAGUAGAAGAGAAGGAUAGGCUUGAAAAUAGUAGUAACGAAGAAGGAGACAAUGAUUCGGAGGAGGAUUUCGAUUCUGAUGAUGAUAUAGAGUUUGUUAUAGGCGAAAGUGCACCAAAAAGUGGUCAGACAAUAACAACAUCGGGUCCUCAAAAUGAUACAAUUGAUGCAGUUACUGAUAUGGAUGCAGGUGGUGAUAAGAAUGCCACAACUACAAUUGUUUCCAAUCAAGCAGAUAAAGGAUCUAGCAUUGAUAUAAACUCUGUGGCUCAAUUGGAUGGUAAGCCUCUCACUCAAGUUGAUUUAGAGAAACUUAAAGAUAAACCAUGGAGGUUUCCAGGGGCGGAUAUAUCUGAUUAUUUUAAUUAUGGAUUUGAUGAAUUUACAUGGACAGCUUACUGUUGCAAACAGGACAAAUUAAGAGGCGAGUUUAACCCACAAAAGUUAAUGGCACAAUUAAUGAGUGGUGGUGCUGGGCCACCACCUAUGCCAUCUGGUAAAAGUGGCUCAAAUAAUACUCCUACGAACAAACCUACAGGUAUGCUGCCGCCAAUGGGUAUGCCGCCAAUGGGCAUGAUGCCACCGGGUAUGCCAAUGAUGCCAGGGAUGCCAGGAAUGCCAGGGAUGCCUAACAUGUCUAACAUGCCUAAUAUGCCAAAUAUGCCAAAUAUGCCUAAUAUGCCCAACAUGCCAAAUAUGAAUAACAUGCCCAACAUGCCCAAUAUGCCUAAUAUGCCAAAUUUCAUGAAUAAUAGUAGACCUGGUCAAGUGCCGAAUUUUGGUAUUCCACCACCACCUCCUCCUCAAAAUAGACGUUAG